UGCAACCUCUUUGGAAAGGCUUGGGCAGCACACGCAGCUUAAAUACAGCCUCGCCGAAGCGUCGUUCCUCCGCUUCUGAACAACUUUCCAAACAUGAGGCUGUUUCUGCUUCUUGCGGCCCUUGUUGGGGCUUCCCAGGGACUGCAAACAUUUGCUGGUGAUCAAGUUCUCCGGCUGGAGCCAAGCAACGAUGAACAAGUCCGCCUCCUGAAGCAGCUUGAAGCUCUGGAACCUCUCCAGCUCGAUUUCUGGCGUUUCCCUUCAUAUCCUGGUCGCCCAGCGGAUGUCCAAGUCCCCUUUGCCUGCCUGCAAGAUGUCAAAGCCUUCCUGGAGUCCCAUCAAAUCAAGUACUCCGUCCUAAUUGAGGAUGUCCAGGCUAUUGUGGAUGAAGAAGCCCGAGAGAUGAACCUCAACGAGCGGAGGGACCGUGGCAGCGACAGUUUCAACUAUGCCGCAUAUCACCCCUUGGAAUCUGUAAGUGGGAUAAGGAUUUGCUCACCUCCUCUAACCCGCCUCUUUUGUCUUUCUCUUCAAACUCAAGAUGGAGAUGGUGGGGAGGCAGAGACCCAUGGGCCUGCUCUUGCACCACCAAAUGCCCGUUUCAACUGUAGGUAGUUGGUCCUGGCAAUC